GACAUCACUGUCGCGGCCGACCAUCAAAUCAGUGCCCAAUUCCUGUAUAAAUGGAACACAACUUAUGGCCAAAUAAAUUGUCUCAAGAGUUUUGACGACUUUCUACUCAUAUCCUCAGCCAAGGGACAGGUGUUUGUCAUAUACACUGGCAUUUCGUCCGACUCUGAGCCCAACCCUCUCACCAUUUGGUCAGAAGUGGACAACAUUUGUGUCAAUGAGUUCGCCAUCAAAACGAUAGACAAAAAUAGUUUUGAGAUUCUAUUCACGAAAUCAGAUUUUGUGAUAAUCUGUCGCAUGAGUGCUAACAUCAAAGGCGAAGACGUGUCCAUGAAUUUGAAGAUUUGUAGACCAGAGUUGGGUUUACACCGAAUGCCCUCAACGGCCAUCUGUUCUAUCGUUGACUCUAAGUAUUUGUUGACAUCACUGGACGGCCGACUCAUUGAGAUAGAA